UGUGCUGGGAAUUGUUACGAUAAUUCAAGCGCCCACUGCUUUUUUACUUGUAAUUAUUACGUGUUAUUAAUUGACCGUUAUUUAUAUAUUUUAUUUCUCUCUGCAUUGUUGGGAAGGGUCCGUAAGUAAUAAUAUCACAGUUAGUCUACACCUGUUGUUUAUGAAGCAUGUGACGAAUGGAAUUCGAUUUGUCCAAGAGCUGGGCGCAAAAGAAAGGCAUGGCCAGAGACAGAGGUAACCGCAACCAGUGCGACUGGACUUCAAUCAUGUGCACAGCUCUGCACUCUGCGCUCUCUGACAUUAUAGUGGCGUGUUGCCUAAUAGGAACGUGAACCACGAACUUUUGCCCUCUCUGGGUGUUGUGAGAAACAAAUAAAGAACCACAGAGAAGUGACCAUGUUUUCGCAAAAUCCGAUAAGUAGCCUUACUAAAUAUGUUUCGAAGCCGUCAGUCGUGGGACAGGUUGAGGUUUGUAUGGUUGAAUGUCAGUCGCCUUGCGCUGUUAGGACAGCUGUACCAGACGGACAACCCGCAGACCAUGGGAGGGUAGCAAAUCAGGCUGAUCUAAAGGAGAAGAUCUGUCCCUGUGAUGCCUGGUGUUCCCAGAAGCGGACCUAUGAGAACCUGGCCUACGAGCCUGGGAGUCAGAGUGAGCUCUACCCCCAACCUAAGUCCCUCUCCCGGGCUGUUUUCCAGCUCUCUGGCCUCACCCCCAAGUCCUCCAUCCAGGCCAUCGAGAGUCAUGUCGCUAGCCUGAAGGGAGUGGUGUCUGUCAACUUCUCUGUGGCCAGUGGCCUGGCUCAGGUGGACUAUAACGCGUCAUCUAUCUCUACCAGGGAGUUAUCUCUGGAGAUCCAGGCCAUGGGCUACGGCGUCGUGGACGUGGCUGGGGAAGAGGUGACUAAGAUCGGGGAGACGGAGGCCACAGAGUCCCUGACGAGGAUCAGGGUGAAGGGUAUGACAUGCCAGUCCUGUGUGCGCUCCAUCGAGGGACGGAUAGGGACUCUGCCUGGGGUUCUGCACAUCAAGGUGUCUCUGAGCGAUCAAGAGGCAGUAGUACAAUUUCAGCCCCACACAGUGACAUCUGAGGAGGUAAAGGAACAGAUUGAGAACAUGGGAUUUGGUGCGACUCUUACGAACAAAGACACGAGUAUAGAUUGUGGUCAAGGGGAGACACCUGUGUCAUCCUCCAUCUUGGAUUCACUGACUCAGACGUCUGUCAUUGGGAUUGUAGGGAUGACCUGUAAUUCAUGUGUCCAGUCCAUAGAGGGUAAGAUCUCUGAGAUGACUGGGGUGUGUUCUAUAGCGGUGUCAUUAAAGGAGGGACAGGGGACCGUCACCUUUGACCCCAGUCUGACUCAGCCAGAGGAACUAAGGGCAGCCAUUGAAGACAUGGGAUUUGAUGCAUCACUCAUAGAAUCUGCUUCUGCAGAAACUCUUCCAACUCCUCCCCUUCAAAGACGAAAGACUCCCCUUUCCCCCCACUCCCCCAGAAUGGCUCACAGUAGCUCUGGCUCUACCAAGACUUCCAUUAACGGUAGCUCUGGCUCUACCAAGACUUCCAUUAACGGUAGCUCUGGCUCUACCAAGACUUCCAUUAACGGUAGCUCUGGCUCUACCAAGACUUCCAUUAACGGUAGCUCUGGCUCUACCAAGAUGGUCACUGCUGGUGAGGAGGGGAAGGUUCAGAAGUGCUUCAUCCGUGUGGCAGGCAUGACCUGUGCGUCCUGUGUGGCCAACAUUGAGAGGAACUUAGUCAAACACAGAGGUGUCAUCUCAGUGCUGGUUGCCCUCAUGGCUGGUAAGGCGGAGGUGAAGUAUGACCCUGGUAUUGUUGAUGCCAAGCGGAUAACACAGCUCAUAGAGGGUCUAGGCUUCGGUGCCACACUGAUAGAGGACAAUGCUGUUAUGGAUGGGAAACUGGACCUCUCUGUCACUGGGAUGACAUGUGCGUCAUGUGUCCAUAACAUUGAGUCCAAACUCACCAGGACCAAAGGGAUUCUAGAAGCCUCAGUUGCACUGGCAACCAAUAAAGCCCAGAUAAAGUUUGACCCAGAAGUGCUUGGAGCUCGUGACAUCAUCAGAAUGAUUGAGGGGCUGGGCUUUGGGGCGUCUCUAAUGAAAGCUGAAGGCUUUGGGAACAACCUGGAUCAUGGGGAAGAGAUUCAACAGUGGAAGAACUCGUUCCUGUUCAGUCUGGUGUUUGGGGUGCCAGUGAUGGGCUUGAUGAUCUACAUGAUGGUGAUGGACAGUCAGCACGGGGAACACGGUGGCUCUAUGCCUGAGGAGCAGAACCUUCUCCCAGGCCUUUCCCUCCUCAACUUGGCCUUCUUCCUGCUCUGUACACCUGUCCAGAUCUUCGGGGGUCGUUAUUUCUACAUCCAGGCGUACCGCUCGUUGAGACACCGCACGGCUAACAUGGACGUCCUCAUCGUCCUGGCAACCUCCAUCGCCUACAUCUACUCAGUUGUGGUGCUCAUUGUGGCGAUGGUAGAGAGAGCCAAUCAGAGCCCUGUCACCUUCUUUGACACCCCGCCCAUGCUCUUCGUCUUCAUCGCCCUGGGCCGGUGGCUGGAGCACAUAGCAAAGAGCAAGACAUCUGAAGCACUGGCCAAGCUGAUGUCACUGCAGGCUACUGAUGCCACUGUGGUCACGUUAGGUCCUGACCACUCCAUCCUCAGUGAGGAGCAGGUGUCGGUGGAGCUGGUCCAGAGAGGAGACAUAGUGAAGGUGGUGCCUGGGGGAAAGUUCCCUGUGGACGGGAAGGUGAUCGAGGGAAGCUCCAUGGCAGAUGAGUCCCUCAUCACAGGUGAGCCCAUGCCUGUGAGUAAGAAGCCCGGCAGUUCAGUGAUAGCUGGCUCCAUCAACGCCCACGGAUCUCUACUGGUGCAGGCCACCCACGUAGGAGCAGACACCACCCUCUGUCAGAUAGUCAAACUAGUGGAGGAGGCACAGACAUCCAAGGCCCCCAUCCAGCAGUUUGCAGACAGACUGAGUGGCUACUUUGUACCCUUCAUAGUCAUUGCCUCAGUGCUAACACUGCUGGUCUGGCUGGUGAUCGGCUUUGUCAACUUCCAUGUUGUGAAGGAGUACUUUCCUGGUUACGAUAAGAACAUCCCCAAGACAGAUGUUAUUGUCCGCUUCGCCUUCCAGGCCUCCAUCACAGUCCUGUCCAUCGCCUGCCCCUGCUCUCUGGGCCUGGCGACCCCGACAGCUGUCAUGGUGGGCACGGGGGUCGGAGCCCAGAACGGCAUCCUCAUCAAGGGAGGGGAACCGCUGGAGAUGGCCCACAAGAUCGGUGCGGUGAUGUUUGAUAAGACGGGCACCAUCACUAACGGUGUCCCGCGGGUGACCAGGGUGUUGGUGCUGUGGGAGAGGGCACGGCUACCCCUGCGUAAGGUCCUGGCACUGGUGGGCACAGCAGAGGCCAGCAGUGAACACCCACUGGGGAUGGCUGUGGCCAAGCACUGCAAAGAGGAGCUGGAGACCGAUGUUCUGGGUUCCUGUAAGGACUUCCAGUCGGUUCCAGGCUGUGGGAUCAGCUGUAAGGUGUCUAACAUUGAGGAGGUACUGCUGGAGGGUGACCAGGACUCCUGUCAUACCCAGGUCACACUGCAGGGGGCCACGACUGAUGAGAGCAGCCUGGUCGGCGAUACUGUGUCAGUGUCAGGUGCCUCUGCUAGCCCCUCCUAUUCGGUCCUGAUCGGGAACAGAGAGUGGAUAAGGCGGAACGGGCUUCAUGUAGGAGCUGACGUGGAUGACGCCAUGUCCAGCCACGAGACCAAGGGGCAGACAGCCAUCCUGGUAGCUAUAGAUGGUGUACUGUGUGCCAUGCUGGCCAUAGCAGACACAGUGAAGACCGAGUCUGCCCUGGCUGUCCAUACUUUACUCAGCAUGGGGAUAGAGGUGGUCAUGAUCACUGGGGACAACAGACGUACUGCUAAGGCUAUAGCCACACAGGUGGGCAUCAGGAAGGUAUUUGCGGAGGUGCUGCCGUCCCACAAGGUGGCCAAGGUGCAGGAGCUGCAGGAGAGGGGUCUGAGGGUGGCCAUGGUGGGGGACGGGGUCAACGACUCGCCCGCCCUCGCCCGCGCCGACGUGGGCAUCGCCAUAGGGACGGGCACAGACGUGGCCAUAGAGGCAGCUGACGUGGUGCUGAUCAGGAAUGAUCUGUUAGACGUGGUGGCCUGUAUUGAGCUGUCCAAGAAGACUGUUCAGAGGAUACGCAUCAACUUUGUCUUCGCUCUCAUCUACAACCUGGUAGGGAUUCCCAUCGCCGCAGGUGUGUUUCUGCCCGCUGGUCUGGUCCUACAGCCAUGGAUGGGUUCAGCAGCUAUGGCAGCUUCCUCUGUGUCUGUGGUCAUCUCUUCCCUGCUGUUAAAACUGUAUAAAAAGACAUCAAUCGAGACGUAUGAGUUCCGGGCCCAGGGGAACAUGAAGAGCCUGAGCCCCAGCCAGGUGAGCACCCACGUGGGUCUGGACGACCGGCGACGCACCCCUCCCUCCCUAAGCGGGGCCUGGGAGAGCCUGAGCCAGGGCAGCUUCCUCUCCCUGCCCAUCUCCCUCUCCAGCCAGCCGGCCAGCCGAGGUCCAUCCACCCCCUCUCUCCAGGACCGCUGCUCCCUGCUGGACCACGAGAAUGAAGUGGGCCUCGUAGUGUAGCAAGGUGCCAGGUAGAGGACAUUAUGUCGAAAGGGAAACUACCUGUCCUAUGGAAACCAUCUGAUGGAAAGGUCCAAGGGAAACUGUCCACAUUCCUUAGUCUCAUCCUCUUCAUGUCAAUUAGAUGUAUUUUAAUAUUUGACUGAACGAUAACUGAUAAAUAAAUCAAUACCUAGAAAUUAAUCAUUCACAAAGUUACUUUCUUUAAAUGUUUCAAGACACUUUUUAUCACAAGCGGUUAAACAAUAUGGCUCUUCAGUUUACAUUAUGAGGAAAUGUUAUUCAUUGUGAACUUUUUUUAGGGGGAUUGUCAUGUGUGUUUUGCCCACCUAUUGUCUGUUUUGAGUGUGUUCUAAUGAUUCAUUUGUCUCCUUUGUCCCUGUAGUCCAAAUAUAUUUCAGUAAAAUCCA